GCUGGUUAGGAGCGGUGCCUCAGGUGUCUGCGACCUCAGCGCCUCCCGCCCGGAAGUGCCCGAGGGGCCGAGAUGGAGCUAGCGGAGCCGGGCGCUCGGUAGCACGGCAGGCAGGUGCCAUGGCCUUGAUUGAAGGGGUGGGUGAUGAGGUGACCAUCCUUUUUGCGGUGCUUGCCUGCCUUCUGGUGCUGGCCCUUGCCUGGGUCUCAACACAUACCACGGAGGGCUCCGAUACCCUGCCCCAACCACCGGGGACUUCAACGCCAGCCCAACCCAGCGAAGUCAUGGCAGCCACUGACAGCAUCAGAGGAGAGGCUCCAGGGGCCGAGUCCCCCAGCUUGAGACACAGAGGUCAAGCUGCACAGCCAGAGCCUGGAGUCACUGCAACAACAMCACCCCCAGACUCCCCACAGGAGCCCCUCGUGCUACGGCUCAAAUUCCUCAAUGAUUCGGAGCAGGUGGCCAGAGCCUGGCCUCAUGACACCAUUGGCUCCUUGAAAAGGACCCAGUUUCCCGGCCGGGAACACCAGGUGCGACUCAUCUACCAAGGCCAGCUUCUAGGAGACGACAGUCAGACGCUGGGCAGCCUUCACCUCCCUCCCAACUGCGUACUCCACUGCCACGUGUCAACGAGGGUCGGUUCCCCACAUCCCCCCUGCCCACCGGGGUCAGAGCCAGGCCCCUCCGGGCUGGAAAUCGGCAGCCUGCUGCUGCCCCUGCUGCUGCUGCUGCUGCUCCUGCUCUGGUACUGCCAGAUCCAGUACCGGCCCUUCUUUCCCCUGACCGCCACCCUGGGCCUAGCCGGCUUCACCCUGCUCCUCAGUCUCCUGGCCUUUGCCAUGUACCGCCCAUAGUGCCUCCACGGGCUCUUGGUGGUGUAGCCAACCCCUCUGGACCUCACUCCCCACGUCGUGGUGGGAGCUGCUGUCUUCCCAGGCCAGCUUCUCCAGCCUGCCUCUUCCCAUUACCCUGGAGCCCAGCCCUGCGUCGCAGGGGACUCCGGGAACUGGCAGAGUCCCGCCCCUGUGAUCUCCAUGGCUCUGGACCACCUUCUGGGGCUGCUGGCCCUCAGCCUUCACUGACAGUUGGCUCUUCAGGGUCAGGCACUUGCUGUCGUUGCCUUGGCCCUGAACAAAGACGGCCCACUCCCCUGGGCCCGUCUUAGUGCUCUGCCUUUGGACUCAGCCAUCCUUAGUCCCAAGACCUCCUUGGCUGAUUUGGGCACCUUCGGACUGUGGGAGGCUGGUGACAGGGAGCUGGGAGGGGCAGAGGCAUUCUCUGGAACUUGUGCAGAUUAAAAUAACUGUGAAGUUUUCA